AUGUACGCCAGCAGAACGCUGCCGUCGGCUGGUGAGAAGCGUCCAGCCGACAAGCAGCAGAGUUUCAUCCAGCGUUUCUAUCUGUUCGGCACCGGCCCCGGCAGCAACAGUUCUCCCACGAGUCCCAGCAGCAGUAGUUCGCCUAGCGACUCGCCCGGCACACCGGAGCGUCCGCAGCCGGUGAAGAAGGCAAAGAAAAAACCUACGGAGGAGUCCGAAAAGGAAGAUUCACCUCCCUACAGUGUUCAGCGUUUGAAGCAAUUCUGGAACAACCGUCUCAGUCUGAGUGCAAAUCCGGCUCAACCGAGCGAAGCUACUCUUUCGAGAAAAUUGAAAAGUGUCAAUUUAAGUUCUGCCAGCAAUUCCAGAAAUCCAGCGACUCCAGAGUUUCUUCGCAGAAACGGAUCAACAAGGGGUUCGGCCACCCGACGAAACAUCGUCCGGAACAGUUUGAUCCCCCUGUAUUCCAAUCUUGGGGUAAAGAAAGUAGCCAGUCCAAAACCUACCCGGGUUAACAACGAUAGUGGAAACAAUUCUGCACUCCAAACUUCCACAAACGGAACACAACAGAAACGCUCGAGCCUGGUUUUAAGUCCAGUAAAGGACCAAGCGAAAGAGAAACGAUCCUGUGUCGAGCGGGUCGGUUAUAAUGCUGGUUUUCCUCUCGUAACGGCCACACCCACCGGAGGACAAAUCAACUGGGCACGACGUGUGGAAUUAUUCGGUAAAAAGCCGCCAAACGGUACACAAGAAGAGCAACCAAAGAUGCCGAUGAAGACCGAGAACUACGUGAGCAACUAUAUCGAUGUGGACAUUCAGAAUGAGCCUCCCCCGCGGGAAGAAACGCCGGAAAAAACGCUUGUCCCAGAGGAAAAAGUGAUCGUUGCACCUCCACGGUUAGAACCGCGAGAUUCACUGGACAGCAAGAAAAGUUCCAGCUCAGCGGACACUCUCUCUGGCCGGCGUCAUGGGACUCCAACUAGAAAGGUGAGUUUCCGAACGACAACUUCGCCGUUCAAUCGAAAACUGCUCCAUCCAAGUGGAAACAAAGUGGCGGCUCUGACGAAUAAGUUCAACAAACUAAUCCAGCAAGAUGCGGCAAUUUUGGAAGAAGUUCGCAAGCGAGGAGGUUACCUGCACAAAUCCGGUGGUCACGUGUAUAAGGUUAUUGAUGGCGAUGGAAAUGGAAGCUUACGGAAGAAAUUGGCCACAACCACUGGCGGUAAAAGUGAGGAAAGCUCCGAUGAAACCGCCGCCGGCGGUAAAGGAUCCUUACGAAAGACGGGGGUAAAGAAACGUCCAAGCCUGCGGAAGAAUCUGUACCGUACACCGGAGUGGGAAACGAACAGAACCUCGCUGUGCGUUAAAGAAGCCCUGGAAAUCUUCGAACCAAAUCAUCAGCAGCAGCUAACGUUGAAAGCGGAUAGAAAACCACCGGCAGGCAAGGCAAAGCCCAAAGUACCGGACAAAAGUGAUCAAGUUAUACAGAAAACGAAGGAACUCAAGUGCAAGAAAUCGGUCCAAAUCGAAGCCAAAAGUUGUGAUAGUAGCAAAGUCGAGAAUGUAGCGUUAAGUGAGGUGCCAAAUAGUAUUAGCGAAAUCGAAAGUAGUAUUAGUAGCGAAAAUAAGUCCGAUGAACCAGGCAAUACUCCAAUAACUCCAAUGGCUGACGAUGCUUGCGAAACAGAUGGUAAGUCACAAGCUGUUGAAAAAGACGAAAAGUUUGACAGACCCAAACCUACUCCAGUAACGGAAAAGGUUCCAGAAUAUUCUGUUGUUAAGAAAAGAACGGAAACCGUCAAAGAAGCACCCUCGACAACAAUAGCAGAAAGGCUGGUGGAACAGUCAAACCGUCCGAAGACUGAACAAGACUCCAAAUUGGACAAGAUUCACAGUAAAAGUGAAGAACCGAAACCGGUGCCAGCGAAGUCCAAAAGUACCGUCCAAAAAAUUUACGAAAAAUUCACAUUCCGAUCGACGAAAAAGAUCAACCUCACUGGGCCGGCACGAACCUCUAGCGAAUCUCAGCUUAGCACCACGUCCGUAGCAUCCGAAGACAGGCGAAUGGCGUUCCCUUCGGAGAACUGCCUUGCGCGGAAGUCCUACAUUUCCUCGAUCGAGAUACCGACCAUUCACAUCGAAGAGGCGACCGAAGAUUCGUCGGACAAAAAGAUAGUAGAUGCAAUUCGAUCGCUCAACCAAAAGAUAGACAAUCUGUCGAGAAGUUUCAACGAUCUUAGCUUACAGGAUCCCGAGCAGGAAACCGCAGAACAGAAAGUGGUUCAACCGAAUAACUCCUUCUUGUACCGAAGCAUGACCAAAAUCAGUCACGGAAAAGAGACAGCCGUCAGCCAGAUGAACAUCGUCCAAGCGGUAAACACAGUGCUGAUCAACAAGUCCGUCUCGAUGGACGAUCAUCAUUUUCCGUGUCGAGAUGAUUUAGACACCCUCUACGUUAAGGAAACCUUCCCGACGGUGGCAGUCAGUAAGCCACCGACGCCGAUCGAAAACGACUACGAACUGGUGUCCAAGGUAGAGUCUCCGAAAAAAGCGGAGACUGUCUCCACCAGGGGCAGCACCAUGAGCAUCGACAUCAUGGAACUAACCGCCAAGAUCGAGUCCUUCGUUUACAAAGCGAAGCUCUCAGACAACAACUACCAAAGCGUUAACACUACUAACCCACACGAAACCGUGGCUGUGGUCAAGAAGCCAACCGACCUCGAUAGCCACAGCGUCAACAGUUACGAAUCAUUCGAAAACUACGAAUCGAUCGAGCGGUCCAACAGUCAACCUCCUACCAAAGAGGAAGACACGUACGAAAUUUGCAACCCACCCCAACCGCUACCUCCACGAAACGAAUGCCUCACACUGCCGCAACCGAAACGGAACCUUGCCGGAUCUCCCACUUUCUUGCCAAACUACCAACCGAGUUACGAAAGAAUCAAAUACGACAAAACUCCACCACGUCCACCGAAACCGGACGAAGUUCCACUGCCACCGCGUAACGCCGUUCCCCCGUUCCCGGAUCUCACCGCGAAUCGCGAACCAUCGAUAUCGCCAACCCUUUCGGACGAACCUAUCUACGAGGAAAACAUCUACGACACGAUUCGCAGCUGCGACGGCGUCGACUACGACGAUCCGAACGGGAGCGGCGAGUCGGCGGUUAUCAAGCGACCCAAGGCCAGCCUUCCGCCGGACGCCGUAUCGAUCGUUUCGUCCAAUUGCUACGAAUCGAUCGGGUCCAAGCUGGCGGUGGACUUUCUGCGGCAUGGCAUCGCCACCCUGCCGCGGAUGGGUUCGAUUUCGACGCUCGCGUCCGAUCAGAUCACCAACAGCCUGUACGGGUGCCAGACGGAGGUGCAGAGUCUGACGCCACCGAGUGAACGGGCGGGCGGUGGCAGUGACACCAGCAACAGUGCCGAGUGGACUGACAUCUCCGAUGAUGAAGAUGACGAGGGAAGUGAUUCGAGGCGAAAUAAUUUUAUAAUUGUCCGGAAGCGAAAUAAGGCACACCAGAUGCCAGUCUGGUCCCGGAAGGUUCGCCACAAGUGGGUGUCACAGCAGCAUCAACAGGAGCAGCUACUGCAGUCUGAUCAGCCGAAAUUAGACGCGUUCUCGUUCAGUGCCUUUCGGAGUUCGAUGGUACUUAUGCUUCGCAUAGGAAUGCACUUCGCAAUGCCGAUCCGCAACGCAGAUCGAGUCAAGAAGCAUAGCGAGCCACCUUCGCAAUUUAUCUCAUCGCGUCGACAGGGCGGUGGUAGUCUGGUCUGGACAAAUCUCACGCUUAUAAUGCCGAUAGAGUUAUGCGCGCAGCUUGGUUAG